GGGGGGGAGGCAGCGGCGGCCGCGGCGCUGCUCGUUGGCGACGGGAGGCAGAAGAGGCGCCGGAGGGAGGAGGUUGUGUAGCAGGUGAGCGCGGCUGGGCCGUGGUGCGAGGACGUGAAAAUCUGAGAAAUGAACAAACUAAGGCAAAGCUUUAGGAGAAAGAAAGAUGUCUAUGUCCCGGAGGCCAGUAGGCCUCAUCAGUGGCAGACUGAUGAAGAAGGCGUUCGCACUGGCAAGUGUAGCUUUCCUGUUAAGUACUUGGGACAUGUUGAAGUGGAUGAAUCCAGAGGAAUGCAUAUCUGUGAGGAUGCUGUGAAGAGACUGAAAUCUCUACCUACAGUAAUAGCGCUCGACUUGUCCCCCCUGUUCCUCCAGGAAAGGAAGUUCUUCAAAGGCUUCUUUGGAAAAUCUGGGAGGAAAGCCGUUAAAGCAGUCCUGUGGGUCUCGGCGGAUGGACUCCGAGUGGUAGAUGAGAAAACAAAGGAUCUUAUAGUUGAUCAGACAAUAGAGAAGGUUUCUUUCUGCGCACCAGACAGGAACUUCGACCGGGCGUUCUCCUACAUCUGCCGAGAUGGCACAACGAGACGCUGGAUAUGUCACUGCUUUAUGGCCGUGAAGGACACGGGGGAAAGGUUGAGUCAUGCCGUGGGCUGUGCAUUUGCAGCAUGCCUGGAGCGAAAGCAGAAGCGAGAGAAGGAGUGUGGAGUGACUGCCACCUUUGAUGCCAGCAGAACCACAUUCACUAGAGAGGGAUCAUUCAGGGUCACUACAGCUACUGAACAAGCAGAGAGAGAGGAAAUUAUGAGACAGAUGCCAGAUGCUAAAGCAGCUGAAACAGAAGUGAAAACGGUAGCACCAGGUGCUGCACCAAACAGUACUGCCCCCUCUUCUGGCUCGCCCACCUCUCCUACUGCUGAAGUCGCUGCCUCUCUGGACAAGGAAAUGAGCAAUCCCCACGCUAUUCCACGGAGGCACGCCCCUAUAGAACAGCUUGCCAGGCAAGGGUCUUUCAGGGGCUUCCCUGCCCUGAGCCAAAAGAUGUCACCUUUUAAACGCCAGCUGUCUUUGCGAAUAAAUGAGCUGCCUUCAACAGUGCAAAGGAAGACCGAUUUCCCCAUGAAAAAUUCAGUCCCUGAGGUAGAAGGGGAAACGGACAGCAUUAGUGCCCUGUGCUCUCAGAUCACCAAUACUUUCAGCACACCAUCAGAAGAUCCUUUCUCUUCAGCCCCCAUGACAAAACCAGUGACAGUAGUCGCACCCCAGUCUCCUGCCCUUCGAGUUAAUGGCACUGCCUCUGCCUUCUGUGUGCUUGCUGCUAAACCAUCCCAAGCUGCUGUAGUGUCCACAGCUAUGCCCGUUCGUGAAACCAAUCCUUGGGCUCAUGCUCCUGCUGCUAAUACUGGAGCUGCAGCUGUGGUUGCUGGCACUGAAUGGAGCAGCACCUCCUCAGGUGCAGCCUCACCAAGUCUCUUCCAAGGAAAUCACAGACGUACUCCCUCAGAAGCAGACCGCUGGUUGGAAGAGGUCUCAAAGACUGUCAGAGCCCAACAGCAACCAACUGCAGCCCCUGCUCCAGCCCCAGCUCCACAGCCACUACUACAGCCUCCUCCAGCAGCUUCCCAGCCAGCAGCACCAGCCUUCCCAGUCAGCACCUUCGUUGCGCCUCAGCCUGUGCCGGUGGGUGUGGUACCACCCCUGCAGCCAGCGUUUAUUCCCGCUCAGCCCUACGCUGUGGCAAAUGGGAUGACCUAUGCAGCCCCAAGCGUCCCUGUGGUCGGAAUCACACCUUCCCAGAUGGUAGCCAACGUCUUUGGUACUGCAAGCCACACUCCGGCCGCCCACCCGCAUCAGUCGCCCAGUCUUGUCAAACAGCAGACGUUCCCUCAGUACGAAAGCAGCAGCGCUACCACCAGCCCCUUCUUCAACCCUCCUGCGCAGCACAACGGCUCUGCAGCCUUCAACGGAGUCGAGGGUGGCAAAUGGGCUGCAGAGGACAAGCAUUCGCAGCCCCCCGCUGCCGCUCCACAGGUAGAUCCCUUUGAAGCACAGUGGGCAGCCCUGGAGAGCAAGGCCAAGCAGCGCACUAAUCCCUCUCCAACUAACCCCUUCUCAAGUGAUUUACAGAAGACAUUUGAGAUUGAACUUUAAGCAGUCUUUUGCGGGGGUUGAUAAAUUGUCCACUAGGGUAGUGGAAUAAAGGGAGCAGAGGGGACUGUUUCUGAUCAGUUUGCUUUGAUAAUCCCAAAGGUCCCUUCAAACAAAAAUGGGUUAGAAAGAGGGAGCAGUUACGGGGAGGAUAUAAACAUACAGAGAAUUUAACAUGCGGUUCUUAAAAGGAUGCUGGAGCCACCCCAGUCUGCAUUUCCUCCUCACUUGGAAAGCUGGAAGUCAAACAGAGCAAAGAAAGGCACCCAGUCCCAAAGCCUGUUCUGCAGAAACAUCACUUCUCUCACAGUAAGGGAGGCAGAGUUUGCGCUUCUGUCCUUCUGAUGCCCUGUGAGUCCUGGACAAACCCCCUCAGGGAAAAAUGGAUGGGGUGGGGUAGUGGGGGGGUGGACACGGGUGGGAGAUUGUCACCUGCUUGGUAAAAGCUAGGUUUGUGGAAAAAGUUGAGCUUCCAUUUUGAGUAACAAAGUGAAUAUUAUAUGUAAAGAAUAAAGUAAAGCCAAAAUCUUUAUUUUUAUGCAUUUAGAAUAUUUUAAAUAGUUGGAUAUUAAAAGCUGUAUGAGUUGUAAGUAAUCUUGCCAAAGGUUAAAAAACAAAAGGGGGCUGGAUGUAAGAAAUUGUACAUAAGAUUGAUUUAUCUCUGAUUCUUAUUGUAAGUAAUAUUGGGGGGGGGG